AGAGAACUGUGCAAAGAGGUUGCUGAACUAUCCCUUGAGCAACAUGGCCUCCAUUUCAAGGCUGCCUCUGCAACUGUAGAGCAAUUGGAAAUAACAUUUAUGAGUCAGUUUGCUGUGAAGAUGCAAGAUAUUGCUCUGAACCUUUGGAACCUUGUUUUAGCCCUACUUAAUAGCAGGGAAAACCAUCAUCAAAAGAUG